CGGAGCGCUAUUUGAAAGCCGCUUGCCUCUGUCUUGUUUACCUGCUGAAAUCGGUGUUCAAGGAGCCUGUUUGUAAAUCGUGCUGUUUGGUGCUAAAAACAUAUCAUCGUAUUUUCUUGAAUCUGUUUGGCCUCGUUGCUGCCGACUUUAAACAUGUCUUCUGUUGGAGUUCGUGCUGUGCUCCCAGCCGCAGAGAACCCCGUGAGGAUGGUUAAAGCCACCGCGGGUGUGAGGAGAGCUGCUCUCGGAGAGAUCACCAACUUUAAAGCAGCAGCAGCAGUCAACACCAAGAGGACGGGCCCUGCCAAAGCUUCAUCCAAAGCCUCAGUGAAAGCCUCCAGUGCCCCUAAAGCUGUGGUGCACCCUAUGGCCCCAGCACCGGCCCCUGCAGAUCCCCUCCCCACAGUCUCAGAGGAGUCCGCUGAUGUGUCCAUGAAGGAGGAGGAGGAGGCGGCAGAGGAGGAGCUGUGCCAGGCUUUCUCUGAUGCGCUGCUCAAUGUGCAGGAUGUUGACGAGGAGGACGCAGACCUGCCGCAGCUCUGCUCAGAAUAUGUCAAAGAUAUCUACAACUACCUGCACGUCCUGGAGGUGGAACAGGCUGUACGACCCAACUACAUGCAGGGUUAUGAGAUCACUGAACGCAUGCGUGCUCUCCUGGUGGACUGGCUGGUCCAGGUGCACUCCAGGUUCCAGCUGCUGCAGGAGACUCUGUACCUCACAGUUGCCAUCUUGGAUCGAUUCCUCCAGGUCCAGCCGGUCUCUCCCAGGAAGCUGCAGCUUGUCGGUGUGACGGCUAUGCUGUUGGCCUGUAAAUAUGAGGAGAUGUACGCCCCAGAGGUGGGAGACUUCGCCUACAUCACAGACAAUGCUUUCACAAAGGCUCAGAUUCUGGAGAUGGAGCAGCUGGUUCUGAGGACCCUCAACUUUGAGCUGGGACGCCCUCUUCCUCUGCACUUCCUCAGACGGGCUUCCAAAGUGGCUGAUUCUGAUCUAGAGAGACACACGCUAGCCAAGUACCUGAUGGAGUUGACGCUCCUUGACUACAACAUGGUGCACUAUCGGCCCUCUGAGAUCGCUGCCGCUGCUCUCGCGCUCUCCCAGCUGCUCCUUAAAGCCCUGCCCUGGUCGCCUACGCAGCAGCACUACUCCACUUAUGACGCCGCCCACCUGAAGCCCAUCAUGCAGCACAUUGCCAAAAAUGUAGUGAUGGUCAAUGAAGGGAAGACAAAGUUCCAGGCUAUGAAGAACAAGUACUCGAGCAGCAAGCUGAUGAAGAUCAGCCAUAUUCCUCAGCUGAAGUCGUCCAUCAUCAAGACCAUGGCGGUCACUCUGCUCAGCAAUCCUUGAACUUUUACACUGUGUCAUCGGAGGACAUUUCACUUGCACUUUAUGUAUUAUUGAUUACAAUCUGUGGAUGAACUUUAGUACUUUUUUAAUAAAAUGUUUUUAAAAUUUUAA